AUGCCCGCCCCUACAGUCCCACAAAUUCUUCAUUACGAACCGGCCCCAGAAACUACUCAGACUCUCGAUUAUGCUGAUUUAGCUAUCAUCGACCUCAGUAAGGCUGACACGGUAGAGGGACGUGCGCAACUAGCAGUGCAAGUACGAGACGCAAUGUCCAAUCAAGGAUUCUUCUACAUAGUAGGACAUGGUUAUUCUCCGGAACAAAUGAAACGAAUGUUCGAUAUCGCAGAUGUUCCCUUCUCCCAGGUUAGCGAUGAAGAGAAGCAGAAGUACGUUGCGCCAACCAAGCAGACUGGCUCUUACCAAGGGUACAAGCUCCGUCAAUACUGGCACAUCGACGGUGGCGUGCGCGACCAAGUCGAAAAUUAUAAUAUCAAUCGCGACGUCAAUAAGCGCACUCACCCAGAAGCCCUCCGGCCUCUGCUUCCUGAAAUAACCCAAUUCGCACGUCAUUCGCACCAGAACGUUCUGAAUCCGGUUUUGAGGCUCAUGGCUCUUGGACUGGAACUUCCUGAGGAUACCCUUGUAAAUUUACAUGGAUGGGACACACGAUCGGAGACUUACGUUCGAUUCAUGAAAUACUAUCCCCGAAGCGCCGAGGAUGAAGAGAAAACCAAGAACGUCUGGCUGAAAGGGCAUACUGAUUUUGGUACCAUUAGUAUUUUGUACAGUCAGCCUGUUGCUGCUUUGCAGAUCCUAGCGCGUGAUGGUACCUGGAAGUGGAUUAAGCAUAUUGAAAAUGCAAUUGUAGUCAAUGCUGGAGAUGCGAUGGAAUUCCUUUCUGGUGGAUUUUAUCGCGCUACAAUCCACAGAGUUGUCCAACCACCUCCAGACCAACGUCAAUACACGCGAUUAGGAAUCUUCUACUUUUGUACAGCCGACGAUGAUGUCAGGCUCGCACCUCUUGCUACAAGUCCGCUGUUGCAACGUGACGAGGACGCACCUCUCAUGGUGGAAUGGCGGAAGGCUCGCACUUCAGCUUAUGGACAGACUACACUGGCGAAGUCCACCGACGAAGACCGCGUUGAGGAAGAAGUGAUUAACGGUGUUGUUGUAAAACACUACAACUGA